AAAGACCAAGAGGCCAGUACCAAUUUGCCAAAUGGAAAAAAUUCCUACCCAGCCCCUGUUCCAAAACAGGCGACCAACCAAAGUCCAGAGCGAGGCCAAAGCACAAACCUAAAUCGAGGGUGGGUGGCAGGUGUUUGGCAGCGCAAACCCAGGUAACCCCCCCCCAACGCCACGCCGCUGCCUUUUAAAGGCCCCCCUCGAUCACACCACCACUCCCAAGGAAGGGGGGCUGCACCUAUGGCCUGUGCGCAACGCGGACCCUCAAUUAAGAGGAUCCGAUAUGCUGAAAGAAAUCCUACUUACAUGCUCUCUCUACUCUCACAAGCACAGAAUGAUCCAAGCAUAGGAGAUCCCAGGCCUUCUAGAGCUCUGGCGACCAAUGAGCCAGCAGAGGGAGAUGUCACAAUGAACCUCGCGCGAUGCAGCACCCCUGGGCCCUGAGAAAACCAUCAGCCACAAGCCCUGCUCCUCUCAAGGGACGCGACAAAGUGUUCUUAGUCAAAUUUAUCCGUAGAAGCUAUCAUGAUGAUAGCAAAAUAUUAUUGCUUUCUUUAACACAUUAUAAAACCAAACCACAUUAUAAAACCAGUUCAUAAAACGAAAGAAAAUGAAUAUUGGGGAUUGCUUUCUUGAAAGCAUCACCCCACCCAAGACGAUGUGUCAGGCUCCUGGCAUGGGCGUAGCCAGGGAGGCGGGGGGGGGAGCUGCCCCCUCUAAAUCAAGUUAAUCAAUAAAAAUACUUAACUAACUGACCAAUUGCAUCACAGAUGACUCUGCCCUUAGCCUCCAAGAUAAAGCCUGCCCCACAAUAAAUGCUGUUUGCACCCAUGGCUCCUGGUAUCAGUUUUCCAAAUCCAGGAUGGUGCUUUCAAUGACGCAAUUUCAGCCCCAUUUAUUCUGAUCCUUAUGAAGAACUGUUCCCUUUCCCCCUCUUAACAAAUAAAUUGCCACAGUGGCAGGUUUGAUCCCCAGAUGGGCCAGCCAUAUAUUCCUCCAUUGCAGGGGGUUGGGACUGUCCUCGCUGUCCCUGUCUGCCCAGCAGCCAAGCUAAGGAGUUGCCUCUCCUCCCCACCGCCCUGCUUUCCUUGGCUUCAGAACUUUCUCCAUCUCCACAACGGGACAUGGAAGAGCACUACAUCUCCAAACUGCACCCCUCAGGGGAUUAUGGAGCAGGGGUGUUUCUUUUGGUUAUAGGCAUCCUGACAGUUCUGGGGAAUUCAGCUGUCCUGGCAGUAGCUGUGAAGCGCUCCUCCCAUCUCAGGUCACCUGAGCUCCUGACGGUUAAUUUGGCCGUAACCGAUCUUGGAAUGGCCAUCAGCAUGUAUCCCCUGGCUAUUGCUUCUGCCUGGAACCAUGCCUGGCUGGGGGGCGAUGCAACUUGCAUUUAUUAUGCCCUGAUGGGUUUCCUCUUUGGUGUCGCCAGCAUGAUGACCUUGUCUGUGAUGGCUGUAAUCCGCUUUCUUGUAACCCACUCUUCAAAGUCCAAUAGUAAUACAAUCAACAGAAAAGUCAUCCAUGUUUCUAUUGCCUUGAUCUGGCUGUAUGCAGCCCUCUGGGCCACGUUGCCUCUGCUGGGCUGGGGGCAUUACGGCCCAGAACCAUUUGGCACUUCCUGCACCAUAGCCUGGAGCCAGUUCCACAACUCGGCUAAUGGGCUUUCCUUUAUUCUGAGCAUGUUCAUUCUGUGUACCAUUCUGCCAGCAAUUACCAUCACCAUCUGUUACUUGGGUAUAGCCUGGAAGGUUCAUAAAACCUAUCAAAAGAUGCAGAACUUCAACAGGACUUCAAAUGCAGCCAAGCUGGAGAAGAAAUUGACAUUGAUGGCUGUACUGAUCAGCGUGGGAUUCCUCAGCGCAUGGACACCAUAUGCCGCAGUCAGCUUCUGGUCAAUAUUUCACUCCAGUGAAUCAAUACCGCCCAUCGUUACCUUGUUGCCAUGUCUUUUUGCUAAAUCCUCAACAGCCUACAACCCUUUCAUUUACUAUGCUUUCAGCAAAACUUUCCGGCGUGAAAUUAAGCGCCUCCAGUGCUGCUGUGGUCAGAAAGUUUAUUUUAGCACCAAGCAUACCACCAAUAGCCAUGUGUCAGUGAUUUGGUCAGGAAGGGAUAACGCGCACAUUUCUUCAUUCAGAAAGACAGACAGUGGAGAAGUUCCCAAAUCCAUCAGCUGCAGCUGCAGAAGUCUUAUUUGAAAACGUUGCUCCAAAGUCCAGAUCAUGAAAUCUCCCAGGGAAACACUGCAAGGGCAGUAAUUCCUAGGAAGUUUAUAAUAAACUGCUUGCAGGAUAAUUCCGAGGUCUCUGUUCUUUAAAAAAAAAAAAAAAGACCUGCCAGCAAGAACUGAGGAAUCGCAAGGAAUUUUGAGCACAUGGACUAAAUUAGAGUUUGCUAUAUUAAUAGCUGGCAGAGGAGGUAUUUAUGCAGUUAAAAGAGAUUGUAAUGUU